ACUGUUUGACAUUCUGCAUAAGGAUGCAUUUUUUCUCUGCUGCGGUCUUCGUGCUAAUUUUAGCACUAAGUUUACCCGUGGAAGCAGGAAAAUGUCCCAGGGUGUGCAGCUGUGACAGCGCCAAACUCACAGUUGCCUGCGUUGGCAAGAACCUAACGGUGGUUCCCCCAACUAUAGAUGAGAUUACAGUGAAACUCGACCUGAGGAAUAACAACCUGCAGGUGCUGCCCAGGGGGACGUUUGUGCUCACGCCCUACCUCACCCACCUCAAUCUGCAGCGCUGCAACAUCAUCAAGGUGAAGGAGGGUGCUUUCCGGACCCUGGGCCGCGUGGUCUCCCUAAACCUGGCCUACAAUAAAAUUGACAUCCUUUACCAGGAGUCUUUUGAUGGCCUCUCCUCCCUGAAGGAGCUGCAUCUGGAUCAUAACCGUGUGGAGGAGAUCCAGCCUGGAGCCUUCACACAGCUUGGCUUCCUCAACAUGCUGGCCCUCACCCACAACCAGCUGGUUUACAUCCCCAACAUGGCCUUCCAGGGCCUGCACAACAUCAAGUGGCUUCGUCUUAGCCAUAACUCCCUGAAUAACUUGGCCCCUGAGGCGUUCGCUGGCCUGUUCACCCUUAGCCGCCUCAGCCUGGGCCACAAUGAGCUGCAGUUCUUCCCUACUCAGACCAUGACGAGACUCCCUGAGGUUACGCACCUGGACAUGAGCCACAACCCCAUGGCCUACCUCGGGGAAGAAUCUGUCUCCAUGGCAAAGCUUACACACCUCUACCUGGACCACAUGUCCCUUCAGGACCUGUCAGACCAGGCUUUGUCCCGCGCCCCCUUCCUUUCCCACCUGGACCUCAGCCACAAUCAGCUUCGUUACCUGGAGCCCCUCACAGGCCCCAAGGAGCUGGCCAGCCUCAACUUGACUGGUAACCCAAUCUAUUGUAACUGCUACAUGCGGCCCAUGAGAGAGUGGGCGAGUGUUGGGGGUGUGAAGCUGCUGGGAGCCUGUGCUGGACCUCCUCACCUCUCAGAUGAGCUACUGCAGGCAGUGGCUCCUGUGGAUCUGCGCUGCCACAAUAGGGGGGAGAUGCUGAAGGAGGAAUUGGAGGAGGACAGUUUGAGCAUAGGAAGCUCCCCACCCACCGCCAAGCCCAAGCAGAAAGUCAAGUGUCCAGUUAACUGUGACUGUGAUAUUGAAGCCCAGCAUGCCACAUGUGAGGGUCGGGGUCUAACCAAAGUUCCACGAGGCUUCCCCAGCAAGACACAGCUGCUCGACCUCCGCAGCAACCACUUCCAUUACCUUCCAUCCAACAACUUCCCAGGAACCAGCCAAGUUGUUUCCCUUCACCUGGAGUUCUGCAAAAUCCACGAAAUCGUAGGCGGUGCCUUUCGGGGGAUGAAAAACCUGUUUUAUUUGUAUCUGUCUGACAAUGACCUCACAUCCUUGGACCCUGGAACCUUUGCUGGAGCCCCUGAGCUCACCUACCUUUACCUGGAGGGGAACCGGUUGGCACAGUUCCCUGGAUCAGCUCUGGCACUCCUACCAAGUCUGUUUGUGUUACACCUGGAACGAAAUGCCAUCUCCAAACUAGAGCCUGCUGGUUUGCUGUCCUCAGUAACCCCUAGACUAAGGGAACUAUACUUGACCAAUAACACCAUUACUGCUAUUGCAAAGGGUGCUCUGAAUUCAGCUUUCCUAGGUACACUUCACCUGGAUUCAAAUCAGCUGAAAGAGGUGCCUACUCAUGCUCUGACCGAGGCCCCUAAUCUUGAGGAGCUCAACCUAUCUCACAACUCAAUUCGUUGGGUGGGACCGAACACAUUCCAGCCUGUAUCCCAAAGUCUGAAGAGGCUUUACAUGGAUACGAUGGGCAUGGAGAAGAUGUCCAUUGAUGCUCUGGCGGGGCUGGGCCCAGGGCUGAGGGCUCUGACUGUGAGAGGAAACCAGCUGCGGGAGCUUCCUGAGCUGAGCCCACUAACUGGCCUGGAGGUGGUUGACCUGCAGGACAACCCCCUGCUGUGUGACUGUGAUCUGCUACACCUACGCAAGUGGAUGGAGAAUGUGAGUUUGGAGUUGAUCGCCACCUGUGGUCACCCUCCUGAACUCAGGGGUCAGAAGGUCAGGGAUGUCCAGGUCUUCACGUCAUGUCCAAAAAGCGGCUCUCCUCCAGAUCAGGAUGCCGUUGUGGACCCCAGACCUCCAAAAGUGAAGAAACCCAAACCCAGCCUUUCGAAGGCCUCAGAGGUCAAAGCUGCAGCUCCAAAGCCCAAAGCUAAACUGCCCAAACCAGCCAGGAACCAACCUCAGAAGAAACUUGUGGCACCAAAAGUGGCAAAGAAAAAGAAGACACUGUAUUAAGUGAACAUAACAAAUUGAAUUUAGUCAGUUUCCUGUUU